CAAUAAAGAAUAACUGUUACAUCAGUUGAAACGUAACUGUCGGUGUACCUUUGUAGUGAAUAGCCAACAACUGUUACAUCAGUUGGAUCGGGUGUUGUCGACAGAAUUCCAGAUCAUUCGAGACAGUGAUGCGAAGUCACCAUUUUGAGAUAAUAAAUAGCUUCAGAAAAGACUUAUCAACUCUUCAUCUCUAGAAAAACACGAACUCAACCUUUCCACGUCCUCCACAACAAUGACUACACCAAAUGCCAAGUUGCAUACCAGGUGCGGCCAUCUGUAUCCUCGUCAUGCCGACCUUGGUGGGAAUUUCCCUUGCGUAUCUGCUGCUACUUAGUAUAUGCGACAACGCUAACUGGAAAGUAGGGAGUUCUGAGAAGAUCAAAUCACUAUGUCCUGAUUGCGCAAACGGCGCAGCAGUAGCUUUCGAGAUCAAACGAGCUUUCACCGACAAAUUUCCGCUGUGGCCAGACGUAACGGGAAUUGAGCAGGUCCAACCAGGUGAUCUCUACGAGAAGGGCCGCAGAGACAUAUACGAAAAAUUCAUAAAGGAUGCUGGGAAGGCUGCUGAGGCUGGUUUUCCUGCAAGCUAUGAAGCACUUGACCACUUGAAUAUCCGAACGGCGCUUUUAGAUAAGUUUGCGAGAUUCUUCGUGGAAGAAAUCGGCAAAUUCAACAGGAAAAGCGACAAGCAGAAUGAGGCGGUAGUUCCAGUCGACGCGGUCGAUGAGACUGACCAAGCCGACAAGAAAAGCGGUAAGGGAAAGGAGAAGGCUGUUUCAGCCGACGAGGUCGACGAGUCUCACUCUGCCGACAAGAAACGUGGUAAGGGGAAGGAGAUGGCUGUUCCACCAACCGAGAGUGAAGAGUCCGACAAGAGUGAAGAGUCCGACGACACCGAGGAAGGUGUAGGAUCCGACGAGUCCGAAAAAGGCAGGACUCCAAAAUUCACUUUUCUUUUAACCAUGCUCUUCGACUCUUUCAUUUGUAGGAUUCUCUCCAAAAUCGAAUGGCUCCACGACGACAAGGAAGCAAUGGUGAAGUUUAUGGAUUCGAAAAUGCAUGAGCUUAUUAGCCACGCAGGUGCGAUUGCCGAUGAAGAGGAUGAUUGGGAGUUUCUUGGCGCGAAGUACCAAUCCUUAGUGGAUUCGAUAAUGAACUGAGGGAAUCUAUGAUGAGUGCACGAGCUACACCUAUUAAAUCGAAAUAGGGUUCACUACGGUCACAUGAGCCAUAGAGAUGAAUGAGACGAGCUAUUGUCUUUGCAAUUAUUUACUUGAAAGCUGGCAGUCUCCCAGGACUCGACGCGUUCAUCCAAG